CGCUGAGUGACCGCUAAAAACAAAGCGCUUACUGGUUGAAGAUAAGUUUCGGUUCGCAAUUCCGCUGAUGAAAAAAAGAACAUUCCCGGGCUUAAUAAACAAGAACAGAGUGCCAGCGAGUUGUUCACGGAUAUUAAAAGCAUCUAUUCAAGUCUUCUCUUUUCUUUUAAUCAAGUUUUCUGUGGCAAAGCAUUUGUUUUGGAGCAUGGGUGCUUUAGGUGUGCAUACAUUCGUUUCAUGGGCAAUACUCAUGAUCUUUUCAGUCGUAAUGAAUCCAGCUAGUUACAGCAGAUUAAGGUUACCUGUUGCAGCGUAUCAGGAUUGUGGUCUUAUCUUAUUGCUUUGUAGCAUUGUGUCAUCUUUUGCUGAGUGUACUGGCUUGUAUUUUCUGAGUAUGUCGAUGAUUGGAAUACAAAUAUAUAAAGUCUUGCAAAAUAAUAUCGAAUCUUUUCGCCCCCACCAAUUUCUUCCAGCUGUGCAUCAGGCAUUUCUUACCAAUUGAAAUGAGUCAAGGUCCAACAUUGUUGAAGGAUUUCCUUUUGUUUCUGUUCGCAAUAGCUGCAGUUGCAAAUGGCAUGAAGAGAAACAGCUGGAUGAUGGAAGAAUCGUAUUAUUCGUGCAUGUUACUCUGUUGGAUCGCGUCUUCGGUUUUGGAUUUUUUGGGAUUUCACGUAUUGAGUGUACUGGUCAAUGGAUUUCAAGGACUCUGUGUCAUGAAAUGUUGCUUUUAAUUUUCAACCUUUGUUUUAUUUUAUAUUAUGGAUCUGGUGAAAAAUUUUGAAAUUUUUUUUUCUGCAGCUUUGUUAAUCUGUAAUAUUAUUAGACCUUUGCAUUAUAUACCAAAAAAAUGAAGAUAAUAAAAUUGAAUUUGUA